AUGCCUACAGAUACCGGAAAGAGAAUGCUCUCUCUGCAAGCCCUCUUGAAUCCCGCCUCGCCUGGCUAUUCUGCUACCUGCUUUCGACAGCCUGAUUCAGUAUUAGCGACUGAAUCAAGAUUACCACCGACAGAAAUACAAACUGCCACAGAUAUGUCGCCUCUGCCAAAGGUCGAGCCAUCGGCAAGCACCGUCAGCAUGACCAAGUCAAAACCUUUGGGACCAAUCAACUUUGCACCUUUUGAAGAAAUCGAUCAAGCGUCAUAUCGGGAGAUGAGCCGGUUUCGCGUCAGCCCGUUUGGAAAAAUACGACAAAGCUGCCAACACAUUCCCUACAAUAGUUCAAAAAAGGACUUUUUCGAGAAGACGGGGAGAGAAAGUAUUGAAGUAUUCAAAUACGAAUUCCGAUUGCCAGAUAGGGAAAAGAUCUAUACCGUCAUGUGGGAUUAUAACGUCGGCCUUGUUCACAUGACUCCAUUCUUCAAGUGCCUGGAGUAUACCAAAACCACGCCGGCACAGAUGUUGAGCCAGAAUCCAGGUUUGAGAGAAAUAUCGCCCAGCAUCACUGGCGGCGCCGUAUCAGCCCAAGGAUAUUGGAUGCCUUACCGGUGUGCCAGAGCGGUAUGUGCGACCUUCUGUCAAAAGAUUGCAGGCGCACUGAUUCCCCUCUUUGGCCCUUCGUUUCCCUCCGAGUGUACUCCGGCGCCUUUCAACUCUACUCACUGCAAGGGCAUGGUGAUUAGCCAGCAACUCAUACUCAAAGCAACCGAAGAGGUCGAGAAAUAUCGCCAGGGGCAGAAUAGCGGGUUUAUCAAGGCUGUCGGCGAACUAAGCAGCUCUCGUCGGGUCGAAAGCUAUACAUUGCGUCGCAAGCACGAGCGCCAAACCACACGUGUGCCCAUUUUACCGUCGCAAUGCCGUUCUGCUUGGAAUACAGUCGAUGGAUCGGUCGCUAAUCGACGCGCUAUGGAAACUCUGGCCCAGAAGAUGGUGUGCGAAAGCCGCGAGGCCAACAAGAUGUUGCUUGGGGCGAGCCGCAGUGCUCUUCUGAAUCCAGCUGUGCCCAGCCAAACCCCAUGCCAGAAGGAGAAAGCAAACACAUUCGGUCCGCCACGAACAGAAGUGAAUGUUUAUGAAGAAGAAUGGGGAUCCAAACGGCGUAAACGAGCCUCAGACGAACGGAUCACGAUGAAUUCGCCCAGCAGAGGAGAGAGACUGCACCAAGAAGAGCACUUGGGGGUAGCUGAAGUUCUCCUGAGCUUGGCCACAGAUAUCCGAGACACGGCACCUCCAUCCUCAUUGACUGUGGAAAUGCCAAACCACGACGAAGACUUUCACGGGCGACAUCGCAAAAGGAAGCGACCAAAGCCUCUAAUACUUUAA